GGACAAUCUAGUCUAUACUGUUAUCUUCUAUUGACCGGUUCCUCCGGACAUGAACUGUGAUUAUCAGUACUUUAUUCAUAUUCAAUUUAGUUCUAUGUAGAGGAAAUAAUUGCUUUAUCAGUACAAUCAACAGACUAACCAAGUGGGUCACUUUCCUAUGUAUAAUGGACAGAAACAGAUUUGUCUGGUAGGCAUUCGGAGAGUUUCAGACUUGAGAAAGUUCAGUGUUAGUUUUCAGCCUUCAGGACGUUUAGCGUGAGUCUUCUGGAUAUUCAGUGGUUUGAUUUUCAGGUGUGAGCUGACGAUCAGGAGCAUCUCGACUGUCUCUGAGAUUUACCAUUCCUGUAUACCUGGUGUGGUGAUGUCUGGAGCUACAGCUCUGAGUAGAGCUCAGUUAGUUGUUGUUGAUACUUGUUAGUGAAAGGACUAAGACCACCAGGUACAAGUGCUUCAUCAGGUCUCGAAUGUCAUAUCUGGAGGAAAAGGCCCUGACAGUGUAUAUAUAUGCAACAUGUUUGCAGACAAAAAAGCCCUGAUUGUGUUCACAAUAGAUAAGAAAUAAGAGGCCCUGAUCUUGUAUAUAUAUACAACAAUAGAUAAGAAAUAAGAGGCCCUGAUCUUGUAUACAGCUUACAUGCUCUCAAAGAAACCAGGGUUUCUUAAAGACGAAGAUGGCUGCAAGUUUGGAUAAGGUGAAGAUAAUAGCUAAUGAGGAGACACAAGUAUGUGAAGGUUACGGUGCUCUGGAAGGACCAGACUUUUCACGGUACGAAUCCGUAUAUGGGAAUAAAUUCCCCAAUGAUGUGGAGUACGCUAACAGGGUUUAUGAGGCAGAGCUAGCGAUCGACGCGGGCAAGACCCCAACACUGAGUGAGAAGGGCACAAGUGGCUGUUACUUUGUACAGAACAGACAGGGCAAAACUGUCGGGGUAUUUAAACCGAAAGACGAAGAACCAUACGGGCAGUUAAACCCAAAGUGGACAAAAUGGAUGCACAAACUUUGUUGUCCGUGUUGUUUUGGACGAAGUUGUCUUGUACCAAACCAGGGAUACUUAUCUGAAGCCGGAGCUAGUGUGGUGGACCAGAAACUCCAGUUAAAUGUAGUUCCCAAAACAAGAGUAGUAAAAUUAGCCAGUGAUACUUUUAAUUACAAUGCAAUAGACAGAGCAAAGUCUAUAACAAAGAAAAACAUUCUGGAAAAGCUGCCUAAUGUGGGUCGACAUUUCCACAGAAUAGGCUUACCACCAAAGACGGGAUCAUUCCAAUUUUUUGUCAACAACUUCAAAGAUGCCGACUUCUGGUUACGGAAGUUUGACAACGAAGAUUUACCAAUCUCUACGGCAACACGACUUCAACAUUUAUUUGAACGACUUGUAGUGCUAGAUUAUAUAAUCAGAAAUACUGAUAGAGGAAAUGAUAACUGGCUUAUACGAUAUGAACCAGCCACAUCACGUGGACAAUCAGAAGAGGAAAGUGAAUGGAACUUUGUAGAUAACCCAGUCAUAUCUGUUGCUGCAAUAGACAAUGGAUUAGCAUUCCCCUUUAAACAUCCAGAUGAGUGGAGAGCAUAUCCCUACCAUUGGGCGUGGCUACCCCAGGCGAAGGUACCCUUCUCUGACGAGAUCCGGGAUCUUGUCCUGCCCCAAUUAUCAGACAUGAACUUCGUCCAGGAUCUGUGUGAUGACCUCUGGGAAUUAUUUAAGACUGACAAAGGUUUUGACAGAAGGACUUUUGACGGCCAGAUGUCUGUGAUGCGAGGCCAGAUACUUAAUCUUACACAAGCCUUGAAGGACAAGAAGUCACCAGUACAGCUGGUACAGAUGCCUGUUGUUACUGUAGAACGGAACAAAUCUGGGAAUGGGCGGUCUCGCACAGAGAGUGAGACAUUCACACAGAGCUUCUCCCACAGAGCACCGUUCUUUUCUUGGUGCUGAGGCAGGAAACUCCUACAAGAGACACAGAUAUUCCUACUUUAGAUACGAAGACCAGAGGAGACAGUCGGAGAAGUCUCCUCUAAAUAACGGGGACUGUGAUUAUGUUUCCUGUAGACAGAGAGACAUUACAAGAGACACAGGAGAGGUGAUGAUCGUGUAUUUGGCCGUAAGACACCCCUAAGGAUGGAAGUGAUCUCUGCCGCCUCAGACACAUGUAUUUACAGUAUCUCUGUACAAGGUUUCUCUGUCUACAACCUGGAGUGUAGACCAGAUACACACCUGAAACAAAGCAGCUGUAAUUAUAACUUCACAAUGCAUAUGGUUGAGUGAUUUUUAUGAUCAGAUGACAUAGCUGUGUGGUUGGCAUAGAUUAAAUAUUCGUUCAUGCCAAAGAAAUACCUUUCAAGGGACGGGAGUAAAAUAAUCAUUCUAUACUUCAACUUUAAGAGCGAGACAGAAUAUCUCAAUUCUUCAGCCAAUAAGUUUAUAAACUGUCUCUGUUUCUCUGCAGGACCUCAGACUCCAUAUUUAAUCAUGUUACUCUUGGAAUUGGGAUUUUUCUGAGACAACAGAUUCACACAAGAAACACAUGUCAAAAAAAAUAGAACAUUCAUUUGAAGUUGAGGCAUCUCAGAAUCACAUAGGAAAGCAUGGCAGAUAGGAGAUAAAUCAUAGACCUGUAAACAUUACUGUUUUCACAUUUAACAUCCCAGGCGAUGUCUCUCUAUGACUUGGUAUCCCAGGGAACGUCAGUGUUUAAUUUGGUGGGCAAGCUGAUAUGUGGAUAUAAUUUGGUUUAAACCUUACUAUCUACUAAAAAAAAGGGAUACACCUGUCAUAACGAUUGCAUGACGUCACGUCAACAAUGCAACUCCAAUCUACUGGAACUUAUGAAAUAAAUGUUUGCCUUUCUUGAAAUUACCACUUGUAUCUUAUGUGGGACAAAAAGUAAUCAUUACCCAAACAUGAGAGUGAGACAGAAACAUUUCAACCAUCGGGUUAAGGUGUCUAGCCCUCAGAAAAAAUAAAGAUUAUAUUUAUCUGCUCAUAUCACACAGGGCUGUUUGAUUGCUUUUCUCCCACACAUAACUACUGAA